CCAAAUAAUUAUGGACGUCGGUGGGAACGGUGGUGGGCUUCCUGUAAACAAUAAACAGAGAGCUAUGCUACCUAACAAAAGCAGGGGUGAAUUCACCCGCAACCCAAGAAAAGAUUCAGAGGGGCUGUCUGAGUCUCCAGACCUCGAGUUUGAAUAUGCUGAUACAGACAAAUGGGCUGCAGAGCUGUCAGAGCUGUACAGUUAUACUGAAGGACCAGAGUUUGCUCUCAACAGGAAGUGCUUUGAGGUGGAAUUCAGAGCACAUGUUUCUGAUAAGAAGUGGACAGAGCUCGAUGCAGCUCAGCACAGAGCUCACGCCAUGCGCCUGUUGGACAGUCUGGAGGUGAUUGCUCGGGAGAAGAGGCUGAAGGUUGCCAGAGCUAUUCUUUACAUGGCUCAGGGAACGUUUGGAGAGUGCAGCUCUGAGGCUGAGGUGCAGCAUUGGAUGAGAUACAACAUCUUUCUGCUACUGGAUGUGGGGACCUUCUCUGCUCUGGUGGAACUGCUCAACAUGGAGAUUGAUAACAGCGCUGCCUGUAGUAGUGCUGUCAGAAAACCAGCCAUCUCCCUUGCUGACAGCACAGAUCUCAGAGUGCUGCUUAACAUAAUGUACCUGAUGGUGGAAACGAUACAACAGGAUGACCCAGCAGACAAGCCCGAAUGGAAAAUCAUCAGGGAAACCUUCAGAGCAGAACUGGGAUCUCCUCUGUUCAACAACGAGCCCAUUUCUGUCAUGCUCUUCGGUAUGGUUACCAAGUUCUGUAGCGGUCACGCCCCUCACUUUCCAAUGAAGAAGGUGCUAUUGCUGUUGUGGAAGAGUAUACUGUUCACACUUGGGGGGUUUGAGCAGCUCCAAAGCAUAAAGGUUCGCAAGCGUGAGGAGCUGGGUCUCCCCCCUCUUCCGGAGGACAGCAUCCGAGUCAUCCGCAGCAUGAGGGCAGCAUCCCCGCCCGCAUCUGCAUCCGACCUCAUAGAACAGCAGCAAAAACGGGCACGCCGUGAACACAAGGCGUUGAUCAAACAGGACAACCUUGACGCCUUCAAUGAAAAGGAUCCUUACAAGGCCGAUGACUCUCGUGAGGACGAGGAUGACAACGAUGACAAUGACAACUCUAUCGAGGCAGAGACUUUCCCUCUAGAGAGGGACGAGGUGAUGCCUCCGCCUAUUCCUCACCCUCCAUCGGAGAGGGUGUCCUUCCCCAAAGGAUUGCCGUGGGCCCCUAAAGUCAGGGAAAAGGACAUUGAAAAUUUCCUGGAAUCAAGUAGAAGUAAAUUUAUUGGAUACACACUUGGAAAUGAUACAGACACAGUUGUUGGCUUGCCCAGGCCAAUUCAUGAGAGCAUAAAGACACUAAAGCAGCACAAGUACGUCUCCAUUGCUGAGAUACAGAUUGCAAAGGAAGAGGAGUUUCAGAAAACGCCUCUGUCUGGGGGUGAAGAGGAGGUGGAGAUGUCCUCCACUGAGCUGCUCUAUCAGGGAAUUCUGCCCAGUUUGCCUCAGUACAUGAUUGCUCUGCUGAAGAUCCUGCUUGCAGCUGCUCCGACUUCCAAAGCCAAGACAGACUCCAUCAAUAUCCUGGCAGACGUGCUGCCGGAGGAGAUGCCGACCACGGUGCUGCAAAGCAUGAAACUUGGCGUUGAUGUCAAUCGACACAAGGAGAUCAUCGUGAAGGCCAUCUCUGCCAUCCUGCUGCUGCUUCUGAAACACUUCAAAAUUAACCACAUCUACCAGUUUGAAUACAUGGCUCAACACUUGGUGUUUGCCAACUGCAUCCCCCUCAUUCUGAAGUUCUUCAACCAGAACAUCAUGUCUUACAUUACAGCUAAAAACAGCAUUUCAGUACUUGACUUUCCUUAUUGUGUGGUCCACGAGCUCCCGGAGUUAACUGCAGAGAGUUUGGAAGCAGGAGACAACAAUCAGUUUUGCUGGAGGAAUCUGUUUUCCUGCAUUAACCUGCUGAGGAUCCUCAACAAACUGACCAAGUGGAAGCACUCCAGAACAAUGAUGCUGGUGGUGUUUAAGUCCGCUCCCAUCCUGAAGAGGGCGCUGAAGGUCAAGCAGGCCAUGAUGCAACUGUACGUCCUCAAGCUGCUCAAAGUGCAGACCAAAUACCUGGGACGCCAGUGGAGGAAGAGCAACAUGAAGACCAUGUCUGCCAUCUACCAGAAGGUCCGUCAUCGGCUCAACGACGACUGGGCGUAUGGAAACGAUCUAGAUGCUCGCCCUUGGGACUUCCAGGCCGAGGAGUGUGCUCUGCGGGCCAACAUCGAACGCUUCAACAGUCGCCGCUACGACAAGAGCCACAGCAACCCGGACUUCCUGCCUGUGGACAACUGCCUGCAGAGCGUUCUGGGACAGCGGGUGGACCUGCCUGAGGACUUCCAAAUGAAUUAUGACCUCUGGCUGGAGCGGGAGGUUUUCUCCAAACCUAUUUCCUGGGAAGAACUGCUACAGUGAGAAUCAACAACUGUCAACAUCCUCAUACAUGAAAUGAAACAGUUUCAAUCUGGAGUGCUCUGACUGACUGACCACAGCAUUAUGUUACAUGUUCUGUACAGACUGAAAGUGACGGAUGGAUGGCAGGGCUUGACUUUCUGUCAUCAUUACAACCCAAAUGCUUUACGUGAUGAACUAUUCCACACUAAUGCCACCCACAGUUUUUUAAUGAAAUCACUGAAAAUGAAUUCAGUGCUACAACUUGCUCCAUAUGUGGACUUAAACCCAACCCCUACCUUUAUAUAUACAGGUAAAUGCUUUGUGUGCCUCUUUCGUGCGACAGAAGGUCAGUAAGUUUGACCUUGAUAAUUAUUACCUGAAUGGGAUAAACAUCUGUUUACCCGACUUAUCCCUUGUUUCCCACUACAUUCGCAUAUGAUUUGAUUUUUAUUUGCAUUCUCAGUUUCUCAUCAUGAGUGCUGCCUAUACACCUUUGCUCUGGGACCAUGGAGGCGACCGUUCAGACCUUACCUGACCACCAGGCUGAAUGGACAUAAGUACAGCCUUAAUUUUUUUUACCUAAAGAAACUCAUUACUAUCUUAUUUUGCUUUGUUGUGUGGAAAAAGAAAUGGUUGCAGGCCUUCACAUGAUUUGAUUGUGUGAAAGAAACAUUUAGGUUUCCGGUUUGAGAUCUGUGGUUCCUCAGCUACUCAUCAGACAGCUGUGUUGAACUGAAGGGGGCAUCUUAAUUUAUUUUAGUUACACCAUUUUCCGCUGUCUUUUUCUACUUUUCAACUUUUUUUGUUUUAUUAUAUAGGUUAAUGAAAUGAGAAUACAUGUACAUUGUGGAACUUAUUUAUCAUGGCUUUAUCUUUGUUUUAAGUUGACUCAUACUAUAAUAAAAUUAUACUGUCA